AUGCCUGAUAUAUUCACUGGUUUUGACACCCAUUCAGGUAUUGUCAAUAGGGUUCGACUCUUGUUUGAAAGAGCCCUCAAUAGCCAUCAGUUAUCCAAUUGUGUCACUCUUUGGCGACUUUACAUCAAAUUUGAGCUCAACUGCAAUAAUACAUCGAAAGCCAGAUCAGUGUUUUACAGGGCUUUACAGACGUGUAGUUAUAGUAAAAUCUUAUGUGAAUCGGUUGCCGUACUCUUACUGUACUUUCUAUUGGCAUCGUUUGCGUGGAUGUUAAUGGAAGGCUACCACUUGUAUCAGAUGAUUAUCCUUAUCUUAUGUGAAUCGGUUGCCGUACUCUUACUGUACUUUCUAUUGGCAUCGUUUGCGUGGAUGUUAAUGGAAGGCUACCACUUGUAUCAGAUGAUUAUCCUUGUCUUCAGUAAUGUCGGGCACUUAAGGCUUAUAUACUUAUAUAUCAUCGGUUACGGAGUGCCGGUUGUCAUCACUUUGAGCGCACUUUUAGGCUUUGGAUUUGAUUUCAUUACAGAAGAAGACUCUUAUUUUUGUUGGAUAUCUUCGCCAACACACCCGUACCGCGUGUGGGCUGUGGCCGCUCCGGCACUGCUCUCCACUUUGGCCAACGCAGUGAUCAUGUGUUUGGCUUUGAAGGAAGCGUUUUCAGCAAAGGUCAAGAAGAAGAUAAUCCAAGAGAAAGACAUAUCGGCCACGACCUCAACGUCACAGAUCAGUUCAAUCGCCACUCAAAUCGCGCAGAGUUUGUCGUGGAUUAAAGGCUCGGCAUCUCUGGUGGUGGUGUUGGGCAUAACGUGGAUUACUUUCCUAUUUUACAUCCAUGAGUUUGGCGAAUGGUUCUCCUAUAUAUUCAUUGUAUUCAAUGGAUUACAGGGCGCUUUGAUAUUCACGUUUCAAAUACUACUUAACGAUAAGGCGCGGUCAGUGGUGCGCAAGUCGUACCACAAGCGACACCCGUCCCGAUACCUGUCCUCACUAUACAGGACCGCCUCAUCCAAUAUGUUCACGAGUCGGUCCAAAUCGUUGAGCAAAACCGUAUCACUCGAGCCCUCAAACGACUCGUCGGACGCCAAACGCAAGAAGAAAAGAGUGACCAAAAAGAAUAGCGAUUCCAACAGUUCCUCAUCCGAUGUCAGUCAUAGAAGUCAAACAAUUUCCGCCCAAAGAGUCCGAAACGCGUCAAACAGUCAUAUAAUUAGCUUUUAAUUCAUGUAUUUUCUGUUAACUUAUAGCCAAUACGUGUGAAAACCAAUUGAUAUUGUGAUAAAAAUUGAAUGACAAGCGCCGGGAUAUUGUGUAUAUAAAGUACAAUACUUAUUAUUAAAUAUUAAAUAUAUCGUUGUGUGAAAUUUGCUUAUUAUUCACACACCUGUGCACCACAUCUACAAUAAAUUGUCUCAUAUAUACUCUACAACUAAACUAUAUGUUAAUUGUGUUUUGUGUUAGAUUUGAACAAUCAUUUCAUUAUAC